CGCAGCCACAUUGGAGAAUCGCAGCGAGCGGAGGAAACUCGUUUCUCAGUCGCGUUCUCCUCGUGUCGCCGUCGGAAUUUGAAUUUGAGUCCGCAAAAGUCUGGCUAUAAUAAUAAUAAUAAACGUAUUCAAAUACGUCCGAAAGAGAGUGCAAGAAAAUCCAAGUGCAGUGCAGACAAAUCGAAGUAAAUCGAAUGAAUAACCGAUUAUUGUAGCCCCUGAAAAUCGCCGUCGCAUUCUUCGCCGCGUUUUUCUUUUUGUUUUCGUCAACGUUUUUGGUCGUCGUCGCCGCUGCUUUUUCGCCGCGUGUGAGUAAAGAUUGGUGGAAAAUCGUAAAGGAAAAUAAUCAAAUCGCCUAGAAUAUCGUCAAAAAGCUAAAUAGUGUGUUUCUUAAAAUCAAGCCGAGAAAAUCGAACGGUGAAUACACAAACAAAACACGGCGGCAGCAGCACAACAAAUACACAGAGUAAAAGGCGAAAAAAAAUAUUGUUCAACAAGUCAAACGAGUUCUUUUUGGCUCGCUUCGGCCGUGUGGCUAAAGAUACAACAACAUUGUGUUUGUGGCAGCGGGUUUUCGCCCUGUUGUUGCUGUUGUUUCCCUGCUGCCGUUUGCGCCUUUGGUGAAAAAUAUUGGCAACAGCCGCAGCGCUCCAGCGGCUCCAAAGCAAAGGCAGCACCGCAGCAGCGAAGAGGCCACGAAAUAUUUACCAUGGCCAUGCUGGACGGAGGCAAUCUCAGUCAAGGACGCUCUUAGCUCCUGUUAGUUUCUUUCGAAACAUCCACCCAGAGUGGAUCCGUCAGCCAUGAAAGCCGCAUUGGGUUCGGCAGUCGCCGGGAAAAUGACGAGGGGUAAUCACCAGCCGAAGAACUUAACAAUGUUCCAUCGAUGCCGGAGACGUUCCAACAUCAAAUCAAAGCUUAUGCCACCCGCCCUGCAUCCCUCACACCUGCUGAGGAGUAGCUUACUACAUCUGCUGUUGAUUCUGCUCCUGGGAUCCACGCAGGCUGCCUCUAACGAUAAAGAGAGGGAGCGAAAACUGGAGGUCUUUGAAGGCGUGCCUGUGGAUCACCAGAUCGGUUACAUAGGGGACUUCGAUGGGAUAGAUAGUGGUCCGCCGUAUAUAAUCGUGGCAGAGGCGGGAGUGGAAACGGAUCUGGCUAUAGAUCGAGCCACAGGAGAAAUCCGCUCUAAGGUCAAACUGGACCGAGAAACUCGAGCUUCUUAUAGUCUGGUGGCCAUUCCGCUGAGUGGCCGUAAUAUUCGAGUGCUGGUCACGGUGAAGGAUGAGAAUGAUAACGCCCCCACGUUUCCACAACCCUCGAUGCACAUAGAGUUCCCAGAGAACACCCCAAGGGAGGUCAAGAGAACUCUGCUCCCAGCUAGGGACCUUGACCUGGAACCAUACAACACUCAGAAAUAUAAUAUCGUGUCGGGGAAUGUUAACGAAGCCUUUAGGCUGUCAUCCCACAGGGAGAGGGAUGGUGUCCUGUACUUGGACCUGCAAAUCAGCGGGUUUCUGGAUAGAGAAACCACACCAGGUUACAGCCUCCUAAUCGAAGCUUUAGAUGGCGGAACUCCUCCGUUGCGGGGGUUCAUGACCGUCAAUAUUACCAUUCAGGAUGUGAACGACAAUCAGCCGAUUUUCAAUCAGAGCAGAUACUUUGCCACAGUUCCAGAAAAUGCCACUGUGGGUACGAGUGUUCUUCAGGUGUAUGCCUCAGACACGGAUGCCGAUGAGAAUGGCUUGGUGGAGUAUGCUAUUAAUAGGAGGCAAAGCGACAAGGAGCAAAUGUUUCGGAUAGAUCCUCGGACAGGAGCUAUUUACAUCAACAAGGCCCUGGACUUUGAAACCAAGGAGCUUCAUGAACUCGUGGUGGUGGCCAAAGACCAUGGUGAACAGCCGCUGGAAACAACCGCCUUUGUUUCCAUAAGAGUUACGGAUGUGAAUGACAAUCAACCGACAAUAAAUGUGAUUUUCCUCAGUGACGAUGCCUCCCCAAAGAUAUCGGAGUCAGCUCAGCCGGGGGAGUUUGUGGCCAGGAUUUCCGUACACGACCCCGAUUCGAAAACGGAGUACGCCAACGUGAAUGUGACUCUGAACGGAGGAGACGGUCAUUUCGCACUGACCACCAGAGAUAACAGUAUUUACUUGGUGAUAGUUCACCUGCCGCUGGACAGGGAGAUGGUUUCCAAUUACACCCUCAGUGUUAUAGCCACCGAUAAGGGAACUCCCCCGCUGCACGCUUCCAAGUCGAUAUUCCUGAGGAUAACCGAUGUCAAUGAUAAUCCACCUGAGUUCGAGCAGGAUCUUUACCACGCCAAUGUGAUGGAGGUAGCUGAUCCGGGUACAUCGGUGCUACAGGUUCUGGCCCACGAUCGCGAUGAGGGCUUGAACUCGGCGUUGAGUUACUCGCUGGCCGAAACACCUGAAACCCAUGCCCAAUGGUUUCAGAUUGACCCACAAACGGGCUUGAUCACCACCCGAUCGCAUAUCGAUUGCGAAACGGAGCCGGUGCCGCAGCUAACAGUCAUCGCCAGGGACGGAGGAGUUCCGCCCCUCUCCUCCACCGCCACCGUCCUGGUAACCAUCCACGACGUAAAUGACAACGAACCGAUCUUCGAUCAGAGCUUCUACAACGUUUCCGUCGCUGAGAACGAACCCGUGGGCAGGUGCAUACUCAAGGUUUCUGCCAGUGAUCCGGACUGUGGAGUUAAUGCCAUGGUGAACUACACCCUGGGCGAAGGCUUCAAGCACCUCACCGAGUUCGAAGUGCGCUCCGCCUCUGGAGAGAUCUGCAUUGCUGGUGAACUAGACUUCGAAAGGAGGAGCAGCUACGAAUUUCCCGUAUUGGCCACCGACCGCGGGGGCCUAAGCACCACGGCCAUGAUCAAAAUGCAGCUAACGGAUGUGAAUGACAACCGUCCCGUUUUCUAUCCCAGGGAAUACAAUGUGUCGCUACGGGAAUCCUCGAGUGCCCCAUCUAUAGCCUCGAGUACCCCGAUUGUCGCCGUUGUAGCCACAGAUCCGGAUUCUGGACUCUUUGGCCAGGUUUCGUACCGGAUUGUGGCCGGAAAUGAGGCGGGAAUCUUCCGAAUCGACCGAUCCUCGGGUGAGAUCUUCGUGGCCCGUCCGGAUAUGCUAUCCGUUCGAACACAGCCUAUGCACAUGCUGAACAUCUCGGCCACCGAUGGCGGUAAUCUAAGGAGCGGUGCUGAUGCCAUGGUCUUCCUGAGCAUCAUUGAUGCCAUGCAGCGACCUCCAAUCUUUGAGAAGGCCAGAUACAAUUACUAUGUGAAGGAGGACAUUCCGAGGGGCACGGUCGUGGGCUCCGUGAUAGCUACGAGCGGAGACACUGCCCAACGCAGCCCAGUGAGGUACUCGAUAUACUCUGGCGAUCCCGAUGGCUACUUCACCAUAGAAGCCAGCUCAGGAAACAUACGCAUUGCCAAGCCCUUGGAUCAUGAGGCGAAGGCCCAGGUAUUGCUGAAUAUCCAAGCCACUUUGGGAGAGCCUCCCGUUUACGGACACACCCAAGUCAACAUCGAAGUGGAGGAUGUCAACGAUAAUGCUCCGGAAUUCGAAGCCAGCGUUGUUCGGAUCUCCGUACCGGAAAAUGCCGAGUUGGGAGCUCCACUUUACGCUGCCCAUGCCCACGACAAAGACUCGGGAAGCAGUGGUCAAGUCAGCUACAGCCUGGCCAGAGAUUCUGGCAAAAGACUAUUCGCUAUCGAUGCGAGAUCUGGCCAUUUGGUGUUAUCCCAACACUUGGACUACGAGACCUCGCAACGCCACUCCCUCAUUGUAACUGCCACCGAUGGGGGAGUUCCAAGCCUUUCAACAAAUCUAACCAUCUUGGUAGAUGUUCAGGAUGUGAACGAUAAUCCUCCGGUUUUCGAAAGGGAUGAGUACUCCGUGAACGUAUCCGAAUCACGGUCCAUAAACACACAGAUUAUUCAGGUUAAUGCCAGCGAUCUGGACACGGGAAACAAUGCCAGGAUCACUUAUAGGAUUGUGGAUGCCGGAGUGGACAAUGUCACGAGCUCCAUUAGCAGCUCGGACGUGGCCCAGCAUUUUGGCAUAUUCCCCAACUCGGGAUGGAUAUACCUAAGGGCUCCUUUGGAUCGGGAGUCCAGGGAUCGGUAUCAACUGACGGUUUUGGCCACUGACAACGGCACUCCUGCUGCUCAUGCCAAGACGCGAGUCAUAGUUCGAGUCCUCGACGCCAACGACAAUGAUCCCAAGUUCAGGAAAUCAAAAUACGAGUUCGUCAUAGAGGAGAAUCUGAGGAGAGGCUCCGUUGUGGGAGUGGUGACUGCCAGUGAUCUGGACUUGGGUGAGAAUGCAGCCAUAAGAUACAGCCUGCUGCCGGCAAACUCCAGCUUCCAGGUGCAUCCCGUCACAGGUGAAAUAUCCACCCGUGAACCCCUUGACCGAGAGCUCCGCGAGCUCUACGACCUAGUAGUGGAGGCCCGUGAUCAGGGAACCCCGGUAAGAAGCGCCCGCGUUCCAGUGCGCGUCCACGUUAGCGAUGUGAACGAUAAUGCCCCCGAAAUCGCCGAUCCGCAAGAGGAUGUGGUCAGCGUGAGAGAAGAACAACCACCGGGAACUGAAGUGGUGCGGAUUCGAGCCAUCGAUCGGGACCACGGGCAGAAUGCCUCCAUCACCUAUUCUAUUGUGAAGGGUCGGGACUCCGAUGGCCACGGACUGUUUAGCAUCGAUCCCAGUAGCGGAGUGAUUCGAACCCGGGUAGUCUUGGAUCACGAGGAGAGGAGCAUCUAUCGGCUGGGAGUGGCUGCCUCCGAUGGCGGAAGUCCUCCAAGGGAAACGGUGCGGAUGCUGCGCGUCGAGGUCUUGGACCUGAACGACAACCGCCCAACAUUCACCAGCUCCAGCCUGGUCUUCAGGGUACGCGAGGAUGCCGUCGUUGGCCAUGUGGUCGGCUCCAUCAGCCCCAGUGAGCGUCCGUCGGAUGUGAUCAGAAAUAGUGUGGAGGAGUCCUUCGAGGAUCUCCGCGUCACCUACACUCUGAAUCCCCUGACCAAGGAUCUAAUUGAGUCCGCCUUCGACAUCGACAUUCAUUCAGGAAAUCUCGUCGUGGCUCGUCUCUUGGACAGAGAGGUUCAGUCUGAAUUCAGAUUGGAAAUUCGGGCUCUGGACACCACCGCCAGUAAUAACCCGCAGAGCAGCGCCAUCACAGUGAAAAUAGAAGUGGCCGAUGUCAAUGAUAAUGCCCCCGAAUGGCCCCAGGAUCCUGUGGAUCUUCAGGUGAACGAGGCCACUCCCAUUGGCACAAUAAUCCACAACUUUACGGCCACGGAUGCGGACACGGGUACCAAUGGGGAGCUCCAAUAUCGCCUGCUGCGAUAUUUCCCACAACUGAACGAAAGCCAAGAGCAGGCAAUGCCUCUUUUUGGCAUGGAUUCUCUGACAGGUUCCCUCAGUCUUCAGGCACCCUUGGACUUCGAAGCCGUGCAGGAGUACAUGCUCAUUGUCCAAGCCUUGGAUCAAUCUUCAAAUGUCACAGAACGGCUGCAAACCUCGGUCACUGUGAGAUUACGAAUUCAAGAUGCCAACGAUAAUGCCCCGCAGUUUGUUUCCCCAAAUACAAACGGUGGCAAAACGGCUUCUCUUUUCAUAAGCGAUGCAACCAGAAUUGGCGAGAUUGUGGCGCACGUCGUGGCUGUGGAUGAGGACUCUGGCGAGAACGGACGCCUCGCCUACGAAAUCACAGGUGGCAAUGGCGAGGGCCGCUUCAGAAUCAAUUCCCAAACUGGGAUCAUCGAGCUGAUUAAGUCUCUCCCACCGGCCGCAGAGGACGUGGAGAAAAGUGGACGGUUCAACCUUGUUAUCAGUGCCAAAGAUCACGGCAAACCUGAAUCCAAGAAAAGCUCUCUAAAUCUUCAGCUCAUAGUCCAAGGCAGUCACAAUAACCCACCUCGAUUCCUUCAGGCGGUUUAUCGAGCAAGUAUUUUGGAGAAUGUUCCCAGUGGAAGUUUCGUCCUGCAAGUCACUGCAAAGUCACUUCACGGUGCAGAAAACGCCAAUCUCAGCUACGAAAUUCCUGCUGGCGUGGCCAAUGAUCUGUUUUACGUGGACCCUCAAAGGGGAAUCAUCACAUCCCGGGGCCAAUUCGAUAGGGAGGCACAGGCCAGUUACGUUCUGCCCAUCUAUGUACGAGAUGCCAAUCGCCUGGCCACGUCGUCCCCUUCUGCGGUAAGGAAGCAACGCUCCUCGGACAGCAAUGGAGAGGCAUCGAAUGGUCAGCACUUCGAUGUGGCCACUGUGUACAUAACGAUAGGAGAUGUCAAUGACAACUCCCCGGAAUUUCGGCCGGGAUCGUGUUACGGUCUUUCUGUUCCGGAAAACAGUGAUCCAGGUGUUAUCCACACGGUGGUGGCCAGCGAUCUGGAUGAGGGCCCAAAUGCGGAUCUCAUUUACAGCAUUACGGGCGGCAAUUCAGGCAACAAAUUCAGCAUCGAUGCCUGCUCUGGAGAGCUGAGUGUCCGGCCCUUGGAUAGAGAGCAGCAGUCUAAGUACGUCCUGCAGAUCCAGGCAUCUGACCGGGGGCAACCGAAGAGUCGACAGGGACACUGUAACAUCACUGUCUUCGUCGAGGAUCAGAAUGAUAAUGCCCCACGAUUUAAGCUAAGCAAAUACAUUGCCAGCGUGCAGGAGGACGCACCCCUCGGCGCAAGUGUGGUGCAGAUUAAUGCUGUGGAUGCGGAUUUGGGCGUCAACGCCAGACUCGUUUAUUCCCUGACCAACGAAAGCCAAUGGCAGUUUGCCAUCGACAGCCAGAGCGGAUUAAUCACCACCGUCGGAAAACUGGAUCGCGAGCUGCAGGCGAGCUACAGCUUCAUGGUAUUAGCCACGGACGGAGGACGUUAUGAAGUGAAAUCGACUUCGGUUCCGGUGCAGAUCAACGUGCUGGAUGUUAAUGACAACAGACCCGUAUUCGAGCGAUAUCCCUACAUAGGACAGGUUCCAGCUCUCAUUCAACCUGGCCAAACUUUGCUGAAGGUUCAAGCCUUCGAUGCCGAUUUGGGGGCAAAUGGAGAGGUUAUUUACUCUCUCAAGGCAGAAAAUUCAGCUGUUAGUGGAAAGUUCCGGAUAAAUCCGAACUCUGGAGCCUUGAGUGCCUCACAAAGCUUGGCCAGUGAGUCUGGAAAGCUGUUGCAGUUGGAAGUUAUCGCCAAGGAUAAGGGGAAUCCACCGCAGUCCAGCCUGGGUCUUAUCGAACUGCUAAUAGGGGAAGCCCCACAAGGCUCGCCGGUUCUUCGUUUCCAAAAUGAAACCUAUAGAGUCAAGAUCAAGGAGAAUUCCCCCUCGGGAACAAAACUCCUUCAAGUCGUGGCCCUCCGCAGCGAUGGACGUCGGCAAAAGGUGCAGUUCUCUUUUGGCGCUGGUAAUGAGGACGGUGUAUUGUCCAUGGAUUCCCUCUCAGGCGACAUAAGAGUAAAUAAGCCCCAUCUACUUGACUUCGAUCGGUUCGCAACGCCCUCGAUGUCGGCUCUAAAUCGUGGCAGAGCCUUGCAUUAUACGGAUGAAAUGGAGGAACUAUCAGAGGAGGAUCAAAAUAAUACCACCCGAUCCCAAAGGGCCUUGAGAUCCUCCUCCUUUGCCCUGACCAACAGCCAGCCCAAUGAGAUUCACGUAGUCCUAGUUGCUCGCAGUACAGAUGCUCCCUUCCUAGCCACUUACUCCGAAUUAGUGAUCGAGCUGGAGGACGAGAACGACAACAGCCCAAAGUUUUCGCAAAAGCAAUUUGUGGCCACCGUUUCAGAGGGUAACAGCAAGGGAACCUUCGUGGCCCAAGUUCAGGCCUUCGAUUCGGAUGCGGGUGCCAAUGGUCGGAUGCGAUACCAUAUCGUAGAUGGCAACCACGACAAUGCGUUUGUGAUCGAACCCGCUUUCAGUGGCAUAGUGAAGACCAAUAUUGUGCUGGAUCGGGAGAUUCGCGAUGUCUACAAACUUAAGAUCAUCGCCACAGAUGAGGGAGUGCCCCAGAUGACGGGAACUGCCACCAUAAGAGUGCAAAUCGUAGACGUGAAUGAUAACCAGCCCACUUUCCCGCCAAACAAUCUCGUCACUGUCAGUGAAGCCACUGAACUCGGAGCCGUAAUAACCUCCAUUUCAGCCAACGAUGUGGACACUAAUCCUGCUCUGACCUACCGUCUUGGUAGCGAUUCCACAUUAGAAACAGAAAACAUGUCCAUCUUUGCUUUGGAUCGAUACAGUGGAAAGCUGGUCCUGAAACGUCGUUUGGACUAUGAACUCCAACAGGAGUAUCAGCUAGAGGUGAUUGCUUCCGAUGCAGCCCAUGAAGCCCGCACCACCCUAACUGUCCGGGUGAACGAUGAAAACGAUAAUGCCCCAAAAUUCCUGGCCCUGGAGCCUCCGGCCUACUUUGCCAUUCUGCCAGCUCUAACAGAGAUCAGCGAGAGUCUUUCUAUGGAUCUGGAGCUUUUGACAGUGAACGCCUCUGAUGCGGACUCAGAGGGCAGUAACUCAAAGGUUACUUACCUUAUUGAACCAGGCGUGGAAGGCUUUUCGGUUCACCCGUCCAGUGGAGUUGUGUCUGUUAAUAUGAGCAGGUUGCAGCCUUCGCAGUCGCCAAGCGGGGAUCACUUUGUCAGAAUUUUGGCAAAGGAUGCAGGUAUACCAGCUAUGAAAAGUUCAACUCUACUAAGAGUUCAAGCUAGUGACAGUGGGUCAGGACGUUCACAGUUUCAGCAGAACCAAUAUAGGGCCCAAAUCAGCGAGGCAGCACCAUUGGGUUCCGUUGUCCUUCAACUGGGACAAGAUGUUCUCGAUCAAUCCUUUGUCAUCAUCGCUGGAAAUGAAGAAUCUACUUUUGAGUUGUUACAAUCCAAGGCCAUUGUCUUGGUCAAGCCCCUGGAUAGAGAACGCAAUGACCUUUACAAACUUCGUUUGAUUUUGAGCCAUCCCCAUGGGUCUGCCCUUUCGGCUGGAACAAAUUCUUCUGCUGGAAUCUCAGUGAUCAUAACCAUUUUGGAUGCCAACGAUAACUUCCCCAUUUUCGACCGAAGUGCCAAAUAUGAGGCUGAGAUCAGCGAGCUGGCUCCUCUUAGGUACUCCAUUGCUCAAUUACAAGCUAUCGAUGCGGACCAGGAGAACACUCCGAACUCAGAAGUGGUGUACGACAUUACCUCUGGCAAUGAUGAGCACAUGUUCACGAUAGAUCUCGUCACUGGUGUGCUUUUUGUGAACAACAAAUUGGAUUACGAUUCCGGGGCCAAGAGCUAUGAGCUUAUUAUCCGAGCCUGCGAUAGCCAUCAUCCAAGACCACUUUGCAGCCUGCAACCCUUCAGACUGGAACUCCACGAUGAGAACGACAACGAGCCCAAGUUCCCGCUCUCUGAAUAUGUACACUUUCUGGCUGAAAAUGAGCCCGUCGGCAGUUCCGUAUUCCGUGCUCAUGCCAGUGAUCUAGAUAAGGGACCCUUUGGCCAACUCAACUAUAGCAUUGCUCCCGCUCGCAGCGACGAAAGUUCCUGGAAAAUGUUCAGAGUGGAUCCGGAAAGUGGUCUAGUUACAUCCGAAUUCGUCUUCGACUAUGAGCAAAGGCAGCGUUAUGAACUGGAGCUCCAGGCCUCCGAUAUGGGCGGCAAGAAGGCCAGAGUGACUGUUCGAGUCGAGAUCGAGUCCAGGGAUGAGUUUACCCCUCAGUUCACUGAGCGCACCUACAAAUUUGUGUUGCCGGCAGCGGUGGCCCUUCCUCAAGGUUUCGUGGUUGGUCAAGUGACAGCCACUGACGGUGAUAGAGGUCCAGAUGGCAGAGUGGUUUACCAACUGAGUGCUCCACACUCGCACUUCAAGGUCAACCGCAGCAGUGGUGCCGUUCUUAUCAAGAGGAAACUCAAACUGGAUGGCGACGGAGAUGGCAAUCUGUACAUGGAUGGCCGGGAUAUCAGCCUGGUUAUAUCAGCUUCCUCGGGACGUCAUAACUCUUUGUCCAGCAUGGCUGUCGUUGAGAUUGCCUUGGAUCCAUUGGCUCAUCCAGGCACAAAUCUGGCUAGUGCUGGUGGAUCGUCAAGCGGGUCUCUCGGCGAUUGGGCCAUUGGUCUACUGGUAGCUUUUCUCCUAAUCCUUUGCGCUGCUGCCGGAAUCUUUUUGUUCAUCCACAUGAGAAGCCGGAAGCCCAGGAAUGUGGUCAAGCCACACCUCAGCACAGAUGCUGCGGGAGUGGGAAAUUCCAACAGCUACGUGGAUCCCAGUGCCUUCGACACGAUCCCAAUAAGGGGAAGCAUUACUGGAGGUGCGGCGGGAGGUGCCUCUGGUCAAUUUGCUCCUCCAAAAUACGAUGAGAUUCCUCCAUUUGGUCCGCAUGCUGGCAGUUCGGGGGCAGCCACGACAUCCGAAUUGUCUGGCUCGGAACAGUCCGGCUCCAGUGGUCGAGGAUCGGCGGAGGAUGAUGGUGAGGAUGAGGAGAUCCGUAUGAUCAACGAAGGACCACUUCAUCACCGCAACGGAGGAGGUGGCGUAGGCAGUGACGAUGGCAGAAUCUCUGAUAUUUCUGUUCAAAAUACCCAGGAGUACUUGGCUCGCCUGGGUAUCGUUGACCACGAUCCAAGUGGUGCCGGCGGUGGGGCAUCGAGCAUGGCUGGUUCCAGUCACCCGAUGCAUAUGUUCCACGAUGAGGAUGCCACCGCACGAUCGGAUAUAACAAACCUCAUAUACGCCAAACUCAAUGAUGUGACAGGAGCCGGUUCUGACCGAGGAAGCAGUGCAGAUGACGCGGGAACCACUGCGGGGUCCAUUGGAACCAUCGGAACUGCCAUCACCCAUGGCCAUGGUGUGAUGGGAAGCUAUGGAGAGGUUCCUGUCCCAGUGCCCGUUGUGGUUGGCGGCAGUAACGUUGGUGGCUCCCUUAGUUCCAUAGUUCACAGCGAGGAGGAAUUGACGGGCAGCUACAACUGGGACUAUCUCCUCGACUGGGGACCGCAAUACCAGCCACUGGCGCACGUGUUUUCCGAAAUAGCGAGACUGAAAGACGACACCAUAUCGGAGCACAGUGGACACAGUGGGAGUGGUGCCUCCUCAUCCGCCAAGAGCAAGCACUCCUCUCAUUCCUCAGCGGGUGCUGGAAGUGUGGUGCUCAAACCGCCUCCCUCGGCACCGCCCACCCACAUACCACCUCCCCUCCUCACCAACGUAGCUCCAAGGGCCAUAAACUUACCGAUGAGGCUGCCACCCCAUUUGAGCCUGGCUCCCGCUCACUUGCCUCGAUCACCCAUUGGCCACGAGGCGAGUGGCAGCUUCAGCACCUCAUCAGCGAUGUCACCGUCGUUCUCACCCUCUCUAUCGCCCUUGGCGACGAGAUCACCAUCCAUUUCGCCUCUGGGGGCGGGGCCACCCACGCACCUGCCUCACGUGUCGUUGCCACGUCACGGCCACGCCCCUCAGCCCAGUCAGAGGGGCAAUGUGGGAACGCGGAUGUAAGCGAGACUCGGAGCUGAACUUGCAUAUAGUAUUACUUGCACAACCCCACUUACUCAUGCACCAAUCACAUGCACACACAUCGAUGAUACACCCACACCAUCUACAAUUGCUGUACAUAUUACAUAAUUUACAUUUAAGUUAAGAUUGCCGUGCACAGAUGUCCCACUGAACCAAGUUACCAGUACCCAGUUAGACGGGCAGUAACAAGUAUUCUAAUUUGGCUUAAACGAAGUAACUUUAGCCCGAUUCCUUGGGGCAGAACGCAUUGCAAUCGCAGCAACGACAACAAAGCCAACAAAGACUCUCUGAAACUCACUUGCUUGCACAGAAAGCCAAAAAGCGAGGAGCAGCAGGAGCCGGAACAGCCAUAAGUUGUAAGCAUUUAGAGCCUAGACUAGCAUCCCAUCUGGAACCGAAUUCACCCCAAUCCGUAUCUGUAUCCAUAGCUUAAGUAUCUCAUAUAAGCAUCUGUAACUGUAGCUGUAGCGUAGGACUAAUCCUAAACUAGUUUUAUGGGAGCAAACCAAGUGCACUUAAGCAGCCGGCAAUCCCUGUUUUAAGGGGGAUCCGAUCAGGCUGCGAUUCACAUUUCCAUCCCAAUCCAUUCCACGACGUGAGGGGAGAAUUGUAAAAAGUCGUUUUAGUAAUCAUCGGGGAGGAGGAAAAGAGUCCCUUGUAUAAAACCGAAAUAAAAUGGGAACAUACCAACGAGUAAGAACGAAGGAGCAAUCCGAGUAGGAAUCGAAUCUGUUUAAGUAUAUAGCCUAGUUACUAGUUAUUAUAUAGCUGUACAUGCCUAGCGUAGGUCCUAGUGUAUGUUCACUUGUGUGUGAUGCUACUUGUGUAAUUUCUACGUUCUAGCAAAAAGCUGUAAAAAUGUUCACCAUUCUAAGGAUCCUCUAGCCGCUAAGCCCGUAUAUUGUAAUAGCUAAACGAAAGCAAGAGAAUAAAUAUUUAAAAGUACAAUA